AUGCUUUCGCGCGUCAGCUUCCGGACCGCGCUACCCGCGCCCCAGCGAACAUGUGCAGCGCGACGAACCUUCGCGCUGUCAGCCCGUCUCCGUGACGCCGCGGCAGCCAACGGCGACAAGACCCCAAUCACCAAGGGCGAGACGACGCCAAUCACCAAGAGCGAGAAGGAUUCCCUAGGCCUAGUCGAGAACGAGGAGAGAGGCUUGUCGCAGGCGCCGAACCGCACAGAGAUCUGGUCGAGACACCAGAGACCCAGGGCGCAGGCCAUGACCGGCCCGAGAUUCGAGCAGACCGAUUUCGACCUCCAGCCCCAACCGAAAGCAGCUAUUGAGCUCAUCCACAAGCAACCCGUGCGAUGGACCCACGACCGAGUGGUUGCAUGCGAUGGUGGAGGUGGUCCUGCGGGACAUCCUAGAAUCUUCAUCAACACGGACAAGCCAGAGAUAGCAGUGUGCACCUACUGCGGACUUCCAUUUGCCCACGAGCACCACCGAGCGCAUCUGGAAGCCCUACCUCAGACCUCAUACCCUCUUGCAUAG